UGACUGUGCAGGCAUUGUGCCCUGCUUUGGCAGAAAACACACUGUAGGGUACAAUAAAUUUGGGAGGCUAAACAGUUUUUCCUUCAAAAACACAAGGGUUGACCCAAACAAAAUGAGGAUACUGAGGCAAGUCUCUGCUCUUGUACUAAGAAGAGAAAUAACAACAUGCCAGAGGACAAUGCUCAAAAAGGAUUGCCUCCUCAGAAUUCACCCAUCUGUGUCACAGGCAAUGGCAGAAAACAAACCCGUGGUUGCCCUUGAAAGCACAAUUAUCACACACGGCAUGCCUUACCCACAUAACCUGAGGACAGCAAAGGAGGUGGAGGCUAUUGUACGAGCUGAAGGAGCCACUCCCGCCACGGUUGGCGUCAUCAGUGGGGAAGUCCAUGUUGGACUGUCGUCCGAGGAGCUUGACCACCUCGCCCAGAGCAAGAUCUCCCUGAAAGUGUCACGGCGUGAUCUGCCCUACGUCAUUAGCAAAGGACUCUCUGGAGGAACAACAGUGUCAGCCACCAUGAUAGCAGCACACAGAGCUGGGAUUCCUGUUUUUGUCACUGGGGGUAUUGGAGGAGUUCACAGAGAUGGAGAGAACAGUCUGGAUAUCAGUGCGGAUCUCACAGAACUUGGUAGGACUCCCAUCACUGUCGUCUCUGCUGGGGUCAAGUCCAUUCUGGACAUCGGUCGCACCCUGGAGUUCCUUGAGACACAGGGUGUCUGUGUAGCCACUUAUGGACAGUCAAAGAACUUUCCAGCCUUCUUCUCUCCACAAAGUGGAUUCAGGUCUGCAUGCCAUGUCUCCAACCCUGAGGAGGCUGCAAAACUUAUUGCAAGCUCUUUGUCCCUGGGACUCCAAAGUGGCGUCCUGUUAGCUGUGCCCAUCCCAGAGGAGCACGCAGCAUCUGGACAGCAGAUUGAAGAUGCCAUAAAAGUUGCAGUGGCAGAGGCAAGGGCUGAAGGUGUCAUGGGAAAAGAUGUGACGCCAUUCAUCCUUCAAAAAGUCAGUGCCCUGACUCAAGGGAAGUCCCUUCAGGCCAACAUUGCUCUCAUUCAUAACAAUGCAAAAGUUGGCAGUCAAAUAGCCUGUGCUCUGUCAAAGCAGAUGAAUGACAGAGGAUUAAAACGUCAAACUUCUCCAAAAGCGUCAAAAUUUCCAUCCAAUUCGGAUUCCAAUAUUGUGAGUAUAAACACAUAUUUUUUUUCAAAUUCUAAAAUAGUGAAAGUCAAACAGUCAUACAUAACAGUGCAUGAAAUGACUAUUCUGUUGCAGGUCGUGAUAGGAGGAAUAAAUGUUGAUUUUAUCGCCAAGGGAAAAACAAAAGCACUUAAAUUUGGACAAACUAACCCAGGAAGUGUCUGUCAAUCAUUUGGUGGUGUAGGAAGAAACAUCGCUGACUCUCUAAGCAGAUUAGGCCAAAAACCCCUGUUCAUUUCAGCUACUGGAGCUGAUUCAAACAGUGAUGCAGUGUUAAACUACUGCAAACAUAUGAACACAAGUGGUGUGGCCAGGCUCAAAGAGCACAGCACUGCAACCUACUGCGCUGUCAUCACUGAGAGUGGAGAGCUGAGUCUCGGUUUGGGAGACAUGGAUAUUCAUCAGCAAAUCACAGAGCACUAUGUGUCACAAUUCAAGACGCAGCUUUCAUCAGCCACACUCGUGUGUCUCGAUGGUAACAUUCCCACCUCAACCAUCAACUAUGUUUGUUGUUUUGCUGAAAAGCACAACAUAAAUGUUUGGUAUGAACCAACUGACUCAGAAAAGGCUUGUAAGCCUUUCCUUUCAGAUGCCUGGAAGUCUUUGUCCUAUUCAUCUCCAAACCUGGCAGAGCUGUGCACCAUGAAUAAAACACUGGGUGUCAAAACACCUGAAGUGCUGCCGAGCACACUCGACGAGACGCUCAGUGUUGCUGUGGCUCUCUCGCGCCCUCUUCUGGAGCAUCUUCACUGCCUGGUGGUGACUCUAGGGGCUAAUGGUGUGUUGCUGUGUGGAGAGUAUGAUGAAGGCACUGUCAACUUGCAGCCAAGAAAAAAGAAGAAGAAGAGGCAGCUUUGUGGUCUCCACUACCCAGCACUUGCUGUGACCCCAGAGGAGAUAAUGAAUGUGUCGGGAGCUGGAGAUAGUCUUGCAGGUGCCUUAAUGGCAGGGAUUCUCCUGGGGAAAGACACAGACAGCUGUGUUCGGAUGGGACUCUUGGCUGCAAGGACAUCUCUGGCAUCCCCACACCCCAUCGCUCCAAUGCUCACUUUAGAUGCUGUAAACCCCAACAAAGUCCACACUCAGACCUGGCCCAAACCAAGCCUUGUGUGGAUUGAUUAAAAAAUAGUAAAAAAUAGUGUUAGCUUUUCAAUAUUCUUAUAGAAACUGUGUGUAUUGUGACUGAGGAAACUAUAAAGAACAAAAGAAAAAAAAAUUGAAUUCUAAUUUUCCUUGAUUUUUAAUGUUCUGUAAUAAUUGUAUCUUGCAAAAUAUGUCAAGCAGUUUUGUUAAUUUUAUACAGCCAUAUGAUAACCAAAUUCAAU